AAACCACAGAAAGAUACAAGGCUAAAAAAUCAGUUUAGAGAGGGCUAGUGGGCCGUUCCCUACCUCAAAACAUCACAAGACUCCUUGUAUCGUAUCGUGUCCCCUUAUCCAAUUCCCUUCCCUCCAUUAUCCCAACUUCUUUUCAAUCUCCAUUCUGUUAAUUUAUCUCACUUCUUCAUUAACUACUAAUGGCCUCUGCAAUAACACCAUUAAUUCUCUUCUCUACUUGUGCCACUUCCCAUCUACAACUACUCUCCUCUCCAUCUCCUCCACCUUUCCUUCCUCUAACGUCUCUUGCUUCUGCUGCCUGCAAAACCCGUUUCUCUAGGCUGCCUGAACUUCACAGCCACCGGAAUAUAUUACCAGUCCCUAAAUCCAACCCUGAAAAUGACGGCAUCGUAGCUGCUGAUAACGACGGAGAAGAUGGUGUCUCUUUGGGGACCUUGAAAUUGCCUGGCAAUACUGAUCUUCAGAGAUUUGAGAACUUGCUUUUCCAGUGGGCUAACAGUCUUUGCCAAGGAGCGAAUCUGCCGCUUCCUAUGCCAUUAAAGGUAGACAAAAUACCAGGUGGAACUAGGCUGGGUUUCAUAACAGUUGGAGAUGGAAAGACUGAGGUCCUUGUGUACAUAGAUUGCUUGGUUUUCCCAGCUACAAGUGAUUCAGGUCCGAUUUUCCGAGCCAUAAGAAAUGGAACAUUAAAAGAUGUAUCACCUCCUGGUGAGCCCAGAAUCAUGAGGAGCCUUCUGCAAGCCCUCCAAAAAUCGGUUCGAAUUGCUACAGUUUGAGUUAGUUUGUUAUUUGAGAUGUAAAUGUAUGACACAUGCUUGAACUUUUUCUUGUGCAGUGAUGAAACUAAGUAUUGUUUUUGACAAAA